UGGUCAUCAAGAACUGGUACCUUCAAGUCUCUGAGAUACUCCUCAGUCACGCGAUCACGACUGUAAAUGCUGAUACUCUACAAUCUGUGUUGCCAGCAUUUUCUGGAUACAGUGUAUCGUGUUGUGUGUUAUUGCAUCCCAUCAUGUCUACAAACUGCCCAUCUGUGUCUACUGCUCCUGGUGUGAAGAAGAGAAUUUCACUUGAGAAGAAACUCAAGAUAAUUGGCCUGCAUGAAGGCGGCAAACCAGUAAUGGCCAUCGCACGUGAUUUAGGACGUCCGCACUCGACGAUCUCGAGCAUCAUUAAAAAUAAGAAGCGAAUCAGAGAUGCAGUGAAAUCAUCAGCAUCAGUUAAAUUUUCGCAAUCGAGGAUCUCGAGCAUCUUCAAGAAGAAGAAACGAAUCAGAGAUGCAGUGAAAUCAUCAGCAUCUGUUAAAUCCACGGUCAUCAGGAAGAAAAGAGCUAGGCCCAUUGAUGAUAUGGAGAUAUUACUUGUCACGUGGAUGAAAGGCCAGAUACAGAAAGACAAACUGCUCAGCUUAUCGACGAUCCAGGCUGUUGCAAAAAGUUUUUUCAAUCCGCUAAAAGAGAGUGCCGAUGAUCCUACAUAUCCGCAAGUGUUUACAGCAAGUCCUGGAUGGUUCCAACGGUUCAAAAUACGUCAUAAUUUUCAUAAUGUGAAGGUCAGCGGUGAGGCAGCAAGUGCUGAUACUGAAGGUGCCGCAGCUUUUAAGGAAGAGCUGCAUAGGAUAAUUGUGGAUGAGAAAUAUUUGCCAGAACAAAUAUUCAAUGUCGAUGAAACAUGCUUGUUCUGGAAGCGUCUGCCGGAGUUUACAGACAUUCAUCAAGAGUCCAAGACAAUACCAGGAUUCAAGACAUACAAAGACCGUGUAACGCUGCUUUUGGGUGGGAAUGUUGCAGGGUUCAAAUUAAAACCUUUACUAAUCUACCACUCGGAGAACCCUAGAGCAUUGAAGAAUGUGAGCAAGCAAACGCUUCCCGUUCAUUAUCGCCAUGACGAGAAUGCCUGGAUGACAUUAGCAUUGUUUGCUGACUGGUUUCGAUACUGUUUUAUACCGGAGGCAGGAGAAUAUUGUUGGGAAAACAACAUCCCAUUCAGAAUUCUUCUGAUCUUGGAUAAUGCUCCAGGACAUCCUCCAUUUAUUGGCGACAUGCAUCCCGAUGUAAAGGUUGUGUAUUUGCCACCGAGCAUAACCACACUCAUUCAACCAAUGGAGCAAGGUGUAAUAGCUACGUUCAAAGCCUACUAUUUAUGGCAAACGUUUGCGCAGGCUGUUGGAGCGACUGAAUCUGGCCGAACACUCCAAGACUUUUGGAACGGUUUUAACAUUCUAAAUGCUGUCCAGAACAUUGCUGCAGCGUGGGAAGAUGUCACACAGCAAUGCAUGAAGUGCGUUUGGAAGAAAGUUAUGAAGACACAUGUGGACGCAUUCGAAGAUUUUAACAAAGAUUCUGCUGUUGAUAACAUAGUAAGAAACAAGAUAUUGGUGCUUGGGAACCAGCUAGAAUUAGACAUUGAUGAAGAAGAUAUUCAUGAGCUUGUUGGCAUUGAGGCUGAAGAACUUUCCAAUGAGGAGCUGAUCGAACUGGAGGAAGAGAGAAGAAAAGAAGCUGAGGCAGUGGAAGAAGAAGUUAUACCCGAGGCACCAAAAACGUUCACAACAAAGACACUGGAGGAGGCGCUUGAUGCUAUCAGCAGUGGCGUACGGAUGUUGGAAGAAAUGGACGUCAAUUAUGAGAGAUUCGCAAAAACUGACAGGCAGAUACAGGAUGCUCUUGCCUGCUAUUGGGAAAUAUAUAAUGAUAGGAAUAGCGAAUAAAUAAAUUGCAUAGUCAAAACUUGAUAUCUUCCUGAAGAACACUAUGUUUGGUAGGUUAGGUGUAUUAAAUGCAUAUUUGACUAACAAUAUUUUCGAUUUACGAUGGGUUUACAAAGCCCGAUCAUAAGCUGAGGAUCACCUGUGCGUCUAACUAUAGUCAUUCCUCCUUCUCCCUGCUGCCAUCCAGCUAAAGAAAAAUAAACUACAGCGCACACAUCAGACUGAGGAGCAGCUUCUUUCUCUCUCCAUCAGGCUUCUGAAUGGUCCUUCCAUAAGCUGUAUCCAUUUUUAUAUUUAACGAAUGAAAUAGAUUUCAAGUUAUGUAUUACUCUGUUAUGGCGAAAUCCAGGUGUAUGUCUGAACGAGGUAACAAAGCCUGCAUUAAAACCACUCAAUUUCCAGCUAUGAUGCAACAAUGCUGGAUGCUUCAGACAAUAUAUUGCGUGACAAUGCUGAGAAUUAUAUACUGUACCCUGUCUCUUCCCCUUUAUUAGGCCAAUGGAACUUACGUUUGGCUUGAUUGUAUAGAUGAAUAGUAUUUUCUGAUUUAAUUGGAUUGCAUGCAAAAGAAAGCUUUUUCAAUGUACCUCGGGAAAAACAUAACAAGAAUAAAAUUAUACCUAUGCAA